AUGCAACCGUCUUUAUAUUUCGUUCCAGCCUUUACAUCCUUUUAUUUUUUUUUUCGUAAUUCUAUCUUUCUUUCUUUCACUGUCCAUUUCCUUCUUCCUUACUUGUCUCAUUUCUUUGUUUGUCCACAGUAUAUUGUUCCUAGUGGGUCGCGAUUCUUUCUUUCGAUGAAAUUCUUUGACAAAACUCAGUCUGUUUCUUCCUAUCUAUCUAUCUAUCUAUCUAUCUAUCUAUCUAUCUAUCUAUCUAUCUAUCUAUCUCAGUAUUUUCCUUCUUUUCUAUCUAUCUAUCUAUCUAUCUCAGUAUUUUCCUUCUUAUCUAUCUAUCUAUCUAUAUAUAUAUCUAUCCCAGUCUUUUCCUUCUUAUCUAUCUAUCUAUCUAUCUAUCUAUCUAUCUAUCUAUCUAUCUCACGGUCCAUGGGUCACCACUUCAUGGCACACAACACCUCAGCAGAUACCAUCAGAUGCGGCAAACCAGGGCUUGAAAGGCUCAUGAUGACCGCUUGCACCGAUCUGCCCACUUGUACUCGUACGUAG